CUGGAACCCAGGUGAGUCGAGGUGGGCAGGGCUUGUUACAGCACCUGAGCUGUCAGUGGAGUGAGCAGGGCAGGUACAACAGGCUAUUCUUUUGCAUAGGGAGUUCAAAUCCACACCUUAGUGCUGCAGGAGAGAGAACAGACACCAAGGCUGACUGGAGGGUUUAACUUGGUUCUUUUUGAGCCGUUUCCUAAAGAUCCAGACUCCAAGAAAUCCAAGAUUUCCUUUACCAAAUCAUGAAUGAGAUCUCCAGCAUCUGUUGCUUCAUCAGAGGAAGGUUUCAUGUCUGAACAGCAUGGUUAACAGUCGCACAACUAGUCACACCUGAAGGUACAGGAGGGGGAAAAAAAAGGCCUGUUACUCACAAAGAUUCAGAGACGUCCAUGGAGUCCAAUCUGUCCUGCCUGUCUUCACUGAAAGAAGACGACACUCCGCUUUACGUUCAGCCACAUUACAAAGAAUCCUACCGCCUGGCCAUUUAUGCCCUGCUCUGCGGGGGCAAAGAGGCCUACGAGGAGUUCCUCCGAGCCGAGCAGAUCAGCCACUUCCUGUCAGAGGAGGAGAUCUUCUUCAUCUUGGAAAAUGCAGAGCUACCAGUUGUGGAGGACGACUCCGAGGGGAGACGGGUCGCAGACGACGGCAAACCCUCCACCUACUUCCCAACAGAGUCGGACGAGGAGGUGCCAGACCUGGACCUGGGCUGGCCGGAGGUCACGCUGGAGGGCAUGGACACCAGCAUCAGCCUGCUGUUUCACCCGCCGAGACAAAACACGCCCACCAUUAAAGAGGUGGUUCGCAGACAGAUUCAGGAGGCGAGGCAGCUAAUUGCCAUAGCGAUGGACGUCUUCACCGACGUCGACAUCUUUAAAGAGCUCAUCACGGCGACGCUGAGGGGAGUGACGGUCUACAUCCUCCUGGACGACUCCCAUUUCAGGAGCUUCCUCACCAUGUCGCACAGGGUGGGCGUCAACAUCCAGGACUUUAAGAACAUUCGUGUUCGGACGGUUCAGGGGCAGCAGUACCAGUGUCAGUCUGGGGUGAAGUUUCACGGAGGUUUGGAGCAGAAGUUCAUGCUGGUGGACUGCCGAACAGUUUUGUAUGGAACUUAUAGCUAUACAUGGAUAUAUGAGAAGAUCAACCUCAGCAUGGUCUUGGUCGUCACUGGUCAGCUGGUUUGUUCUUAUGACGAGGAGUUUCGAAGGCUGUACGCUCGCUCCACAGUUCCUGCACUUCUGUCCAGGGAGCAGCCAUCUUUCCAGUACCCGAGAGACAAUGUGGCCUUGCAGAGCCCAAACUCCAGCCAACUUUCCCUUCACCAAAUUCACAUGAAAUCCAGAGUGAUGCAAGGUGUGAGAAGUGCUCAGGAUGAUAGGUUCAAUAACACCGCCAUGCUAACCAGGGGCCUGAGUGUACAGGAAAGGCUGCAUCAGUCUCACUGUCCUGACAUGGGGAAUCUGGUGCGGGGACACAGUUACGGCGGGGAACUGCAGAAGUUAAACUCCAUGACUCGGCUGAGGAUGGGGACCAAGGACAUGGGAUUUCCUGGUGCUCCUGAGAGGACUGGUUCAAACCUGAGGGUGGGUGGCGACUUGCUGCUAACAAACAGGUUGUCUCAGCAGCGUCGACAUCGCACUCUCUAUGGCGCGGACCAAAAUCUGAUACCGUUCAACUCUGAAACAUCACUCCACAGGUGGAAGAUCGACACAUACUUUAACGAGAGCGAUAUGCCUCUGGAUCCAUUGUGCGAUGUAAUAUCCCCCAUGGGAUCCCCAUUUAGCAGUCAAACAGGCUUAAACGAGCAUCAGUCACAGCUGAUCCACAGCAGGUCGAGAGACAUUAAGUCCAGAAUGGAAGAAAUGAGGCAGAAGAGGCUCAGUCUGCAGGAAUAUGCCAGUCUUAGGCAGAGCCAAGAGUCCUUGAGGGCUAUGUAUCCCACUCUAGACAGAUCUAAAUUCAUGUCUUCAUUGAGAGGGCUGGACAUGAGGCAGAGCAUGGCAGAAUUAGAGCCAAGUGCACAAAAUGGACGUAACAUGGAAUCAGCCAACCAGAAAGUCACUGAGCCAAACAAGGAGGGCGACAAAAGAGAGCAGAUUCUCAGUGAUGGCCACCGCUCUGCCUCCCACUAUGAUGUCAAAACAGUUACAGAUCGAAAGACGAUGCAGACAUACGACUGGCACGAGCCUCUUUCCAGGACAACAUCGGCAGCUGACUUAGAUAUGAAACUGAACGACCCAUCGCUCAAGCUCUCUCAUUUGCAGUCAAGUGGACUCAGUGUCCAGCACCCAAGAGCGAUGGAGUCUUUGACUGAGGUUCCUGAAGAAAAAGAGGGUUCAAACCCUCUUGUCAAUAGUUCAGACCCUGCUGCAAUCAACAAUGGACGUGAGGAAACUCACAAAAAAGAAAUGGCUGCUCCAAAGGAGAACCCUGCGAGAGCGAGCUUACCUCCAGAACCACAGCGUCAGGAUCAAGCCAAAAGUCAUGGUUCUGUAGGAAAGGUGGCCAACAGUUUAAGCUCAACUGCUUCUAAAGAAGGAAAGAAACCAGUAACUAAUGAUGUAGAAAAUAUUCCAAAGAUUUUAAACACAGCUGCAGGAUCUCAGCACACAGUGGAGGCUAAAGGUAGUCACGAGAAGCAGCGAGAAGAACCGCCGCUUCAGAGGAAGAAUUCCAUGAGAAUGAAAGUACAAGCGAUGCUCUCAUCAGAUGAAAAGAAAACAUCCAAGAAAGAUGAAAAAGAGAAGCCUCUCCAAAGAAAGCCCUCACUGAGAUCACAGAAUCCCUCAGGGUCAAACCAACCCCUCAAGGCAGACCACUCACAGGCUUCAUCUGCCGCAGAGCAAACACCAAAGAAAGGUCAGUCGCUGAACACCUCCAAGUCGCAGAGCUCUGUCAGUAGCACAACAGAGACUGAGAAGCACAAAUCUGGAUUCCCAAGAUUGUCUCCUCUCCGUUCAAGCAAAAGAAAGACAAACCUCACAGCAGAGCAGGAUCGAGGGUCAAAGAGCGCUCUGGAGGACGAGGGAGCAACUGUCUUUCAAACCAGGAAAGAGAAAGCCUACAGCCGAUACGAGUAUUUACUUAGCAAUGAAAGUAUGAGGAUGCCAGCCAUGUAUUCCUCAGACAAAGCCAGGAGCUCUUCCUUGAACAGGAACAACUAUCCAGUGUACCAGACACAAAGUGGCGCUGACAACAAACUGGGACGAUUCAUGCAGCGAGUGGGGAAUCUCAUAAGCAAGAAUAAGUAGAGGUGCAGUAAGAGUAGAACAAGGCCAUGCUCAGGUAUGAAGGCAAAGUUAGCGCACAGUCACUGUAUUUUUUAUUGAUUUAUUUUGGCUCUGAUACAUAUUUAUGCAGUCACCUGUGCAGUGUGUUAAAUUUUUCCUUUGAUGUUUUACUGAUGCCAAAACACAAGGUGUGAUGUAUUGGGAAUCUGGUACUACAGAGGUAUUGGUAUUGUAUUACCCUGAACUGGAUGUUACAAGGAAGCAGGGUUCAUAUGAAAAUACCAUUCAGUCAAGUUGUUUACCGAUGAGGUUAAAGGAGGGUGAAUAUGCCAGUAGUGCUUCUAGACACGAAAAGACUUUAUCAAGUGAGUUGAAUUGUAAAAAUUACGGUUUAAAAAUACAUCUGUCUGUAAAUUGAAUAUGUUUUUGGAAGUUAAGUGUAAGUAUAGGUUUGGUGAUAUUGUAUAUUAGUCUUAUUGUCAACAAAUCCCAUGACCAGACCAACAAUAAAUGUGUCCUGCCAACAA